AUGCAGAACCUUGCGAAGGAGGAGGUUGCGCAAACAAGCUCUCAAGUGGCAACGACUCCCAAUUACGGCAAAACCCGAAACAUUGUCUUUGUGAGAGUGUGCCGACAGGGCAGGACUCAUGGGCUCCGAUCUGUUGACUUCUUCGCAUUGAAAGAAAUGGUCGACUUGAUCAAUGUCAAAAAUGGAGAGCAAUCCCAGCGCUUGAACGCAGUUGCCUUGAGUGCUUCCAUCAUCCUGCUGCCAUUCACGGUUGUGGGCACUGUCUUUGGUAUCGAUUCCACCGAAGGAGGGCUGAAGCUGUUCAUCGACAACUUCUCGAGGCAAUGGGCGUCACAUUCAUGGUGA